AUGGAUGCCAGCCUGGCGCCUGUGGCGCGAUCAAGCUUCCCAGAUUCUGCUGGACCUAAGAAGUCGCAUACCAUCACUUCAGUCUUCAAGCGUGGUGACGAACAUCAAACCAAGCUUUGGAAAUCUACAGCGCUGCGCGCACCCGUUCUCAUCUUCACGAUCUUAAUUUGCUGGGCCAUUAUUGCCGUUCUCCAAUAUCUGCUCAUAUGCAGUCAGCGAGAUAAAGGAAUAGUUUUUGCUCCUAAAAUUAACGACCUUCCUUUGAGCCGGACCUUUCUGUAUCUUUACUUUCCGACGAUUGUCGCCGUAAUCUUUAGUAUCUACUGGGCAUGGAUCGACUUAGAGACGAAACGACUGGAGCCAUACUACCAACUGAGCAAGAAAGAUGGCGCUUUGGGAAAAGAUUCUUUGCUUCUGCAUUACCCUUUUGACUUCGUACCGUUGGUACCAUUCAAGGCUGCGAAGGACCGGCAUUGGCCAGUCUUCUGGGCUUCACUCGCUGUCGUUCUCGUAACAUGGGGUGUAGUCCCUCUACAAGCUGGUAUAUUUUCGGUGCGAACAGUCACGCGAACUACGAGCACGACUUUCGCCGUAUCAACAUCCUCCAUCCCAAUUGAACAACAAUCGAGCACACUGAACCUUGGCUAUAUGCAGUCAACCUACGGUAUUGUCUCGUUGAAUGAAACACUUCCGCAAUACAUGGGCCGCAACUACACAUUAGCACCAUUCCGACCAUCUACCGACUUGCACACUACUGGUCAGGCGAGUGGGAUAUGGACCACUCGUACUACCAAAUACUCUCUCGACCUUUAUUGUGAGGACGUGUCACACAAGGCCGACAACAGCACGAGAGUCGUUUAUACCAGUAACAGCGGCUGUAACUUCACAACUGGGUUGACUGGUAACGUGACGAAGGGCAAUAUCCCUGGAUACGAAGGGGAAGCCUACGCCAACAAAGAUUAUGUAAGCAUGUUUGUUGGUUAUCACAAUGGUGGAUUUGCCGAUUUCUCGUUGGACUCUGUUUGCGAUGAGUCCUCCAACACCACCUUUUAUGCUGCGUUCUCAAAGAACAAGGCCCGUUCGGAAGAUCCUCCAGAGGACGUCACUGCAGUAUUUUGCAAACCGCUCUAUUACCAACAAGCAGUCAUGGCGACAGUGGACAUGACCACGAGAAUGCCGCUGAAGGUCGAACCUUUGACUGACAAGGAACCGUUACCAUGGCACGUUUUUAAUACGACUAUGUUCGAGACUCUAUUGAACGCCGGUUCAUUGAGUGGCGAAGUCCGUGGCGACAUACUUCCCGCAAAAUCACCGCCCAGGUAUAUAGAGACUAUUGCCCGGGCUAGAAAUGGACAGUUGAGCCUCAGCGUUGGUGCUGGGAGUAUUGUUCAACCUAUGGUCGGUCUCGCGAUCGGUGCUGGUACCGAUACGCUGGAAAGCUACCUGGAAUGGAAGGGUCUGAGCAAAGCUUACGCGGAAGCUUAUCGGGUCUUGUUCGCUCGCGCAAUGGUCGACGUUCUCGGAAACAGCUUCUCAACCUUCGAUACAACUUCUGGUCAACAGAGAGUCACCAGUGAGGCAGUCGUACUGGAACCAGUGUUCGUCUACAUCGUGGAGGGUCUAUUAGGACUAAUAUCGAUCGCCACGAUUGCUCUACUCGUGCUAUCGCUUAUGCAAAAGAGAUCCCUUCGGACGAACAUGGGCACUAUCGCCAGUGUCAUGUCUAUUGUUGCAGACAAUGAGCCGCUACUCUUAGAUUUUGCAGACUUGGACUGCUGCCCUGUUGAAGAUAUGCAACACAUAAUCGGAGAGAAGAGGUACAAGUUAAUCAAUGAGGAUUCACGGACUUCUAUCAUAGAGAUCGACGAUGCCAUCGACUUUAGUGCUGGACCUCAACUUCUGACUUCUGGACAGCGCCGCGACACACCGACAAACAUCGCAAAACCAGUUCGACCGAAGGAGUUCAGUCUAUGGGUUGCAGCCCCCUUCAUCAACCUUUUCAUCGUCCUCGCAGUGGUACUUGGUGUGAUCUUUGCGAAGGCGCGAGCCAACGGUCUUCCAUUGCCCUCUUCCAACACAAUAGUGCAAAACAUACUUGAAAACUAUGUACCGACAGCCUUUGCUACUCUGAUUGAGCCCAUGUGGGUUCUAAUUAACAGACUUCUUUGCAUGUUGAGACCUUUAGAAGAGUUGCAGGGUUGCAACGCAAAAGCGAAGAAGUCUAUCGACCUAGACUACAGUUCUCUACCCCCACAGCUUGUCAUAUUCAAGGCUCUCAAGUCCAAGCACUACGUUCUCGCUGCUGUAUGUGGCAUGGCACUACUGUCCAACGUGCUCGCGGUCGCCUUUUCAGGCAUCUUCAAUCAAAGUUCAACUGAAGUACGACAGUCCCAGACUAUGGUGUCGACGUUUGAUCUCAAAUUCGUAACCAUUAAUGGUAGUGUGGGUCCCGAGAGCCACCAGCAGUUUGGCUCUCACGAAUCUUCUGGUGCCUACGAAGGAGGGAACGGGGAAGACCAGUUUCUGAUCGCAGAGUCGAAUUACACGAGAGAUACACCGUUACCAGCAUGGACAGACGACCGUCUUUUCUAUCGUCCUUUCUCGUGGACCAACGAGAGUGGAAAUAGCAUCAACGGCUCAGAUAACUCGCGCAUGGAAGCAACUACCCAAGCCUUCGGUGCCGAGCUCGACUGUGAAGAGCUGGAGCUCAGCAAAGACGUCAAUGCCAGAAUUGAUGUCGAUAGUUCCAUACGUGUAUCCAUUAACGUUACGGUACCUACUGAGGAUGGCAAUGUUCGGUGUAGCAGUCAAAGCCUCACGUUGAGGCCAGGACCUAUAAGCGCAACACUUACAUGUGUUACGGGCUCUAGUGCUGCAGAGCUUGUUUCAGUUCUGCAGCCCCGUAUCAAUUCGACACAACGUGAGAAAGAUGUGUGUAUGGGUACAGUUGUUAUGGGCUGGUUGCGCGAACCGCAAGGGUUGUGCCCUCUUGGUAAGAACCUGACCAUCACCGAGAGCAAUUCGAUGUUUGUUCGGUGCCGUCCAAAAUUCCAAAUGGGUACUGCAACGAUUCAAGUUGAUGGAGCUGGUCGCUUGGUGCGAAAGGCGAACAACUUCACUCUCGCAGAGAUUGGUACAUCGAACGAGACAUUAAAGGAGGUCUUCACCAACGAACCCAUCAAUCUGAUAGGGCAAUCGAACAAAUAUCUCUUCAAGUACGACGCGAACGGUUGGCAUAACGACAGCUUCGCCGACGACUUCAUGAACUACUUUGUUAGGAGAGGCAGCAACAGCAGUCGUCUGAUAGACCCAUCUCUACCACCACCAACCUUCGAAGACGUCGCGAAGCCGCUAAGCGAUGCCUACUCAAAGCUUUUCGCUAUUUGGCUCGGUACAAACAAAGAUCUGCUGCUUGUGAAAUCCGACACGCCAGCACCCACCUUACAAGCAUGGAAACUCGAACAGACGCAGCACAUUUUCGUAUCCAUGCCUAUGUUCAUCAUCGCAGAGGCUAUUCUCUGCAUUUACACUGUCGCUGCCGUCUUCGUCUAUCUAUACCGGCCAGGCCAGUAUCUUGCGCGGCUCCCCAUUUCGAUAGCUUCUAUGAUAGCCUUGUUCGCUGCUAGCUCUGCUGUGCAGGACUUACAAGGUACAUCACAUCUCGACAAGAAGGGCCGUGCUCAGCAUCUUGAGGCUAUUGAUUCGAAGUACGGAUAUGGAAGUUUUGUUGGCGCGGGCGAUGGCCGCGUGCAUAUUGGCAUUGAAAAGACUCCCUUUGUGCGAGUCAGGUCCAAAACGACAUGGUUGGGGAAAAGGGUGGGUCUUGGCGGUAGGGAUCGGCUAGUUGACAAUAGUUGA